AUGCCAACUAGGCAAAAUACCACUGAUCAGGAGAUGGAUGAUAUGGCUGCAAGGGAAUUCAAAGGCGCUCCAACAGUUUGUCCUCAACCCAGUGACCUGAUCGAGCCAACUACGUUGUUAGGUGCUCGUGAUGCAGUGAAUCUUGAGCGUUUAGAAUUUUAUGGCGAUUCGUUUCUGCAUUUGAUAUCUACACUGAGUGUUUACGGCACCAGUCCACAGGAUGCGGAUGAAGGACACUUAAGCUGGAAUAGAAAUUCACUUGUAUCAAAUGCUCACUUGUGUGAUAUUGCUCGAGAUUUGGCAUGGUAUGAAUAUUGUACUGGUCAAACAUUCUUUCCAUCAAAACAUUUUGUACCUCCGUGCUACACUGUUUCGUCUGAGGUUAGUGGCUGUGAUGAAUGUACUAUAGAUUAUGAAGCUAUUGAGAGUCUUGUGAAUUGGUCACUUUGUCGUACGAAUUCAUUGUCUUCGGAGAUUAAAAACAACACUAGUGGAUCAGUGAAGUUCAGACCUGUCCGUGGUAUUUUGCCUAGUUGGCAUGUUACGCUGAGUCAAAUACCUCCAGAAGAUUGGGUUGGUUUAGUAGUCAGACCUAUUCACCUUCCAGAUAACGAUCCUGGUAUGUUUUCGAUUUCAGAAGUGUGUUCGGAAACUCCUGUAAGUUGUGUGCCGCGGUAUUUAGCUUCGAAACUUCGUAACACGAAAAAUGAAGAAGUAUCGGCAGUGAUCUAUUUACAUUUCUGCAGAACGAAGUGUCCCCUGAUGAGAGAUCUACCCAUUGAUAUUUCAAUGCCAUUGUGCAAGACGUCACGACUGACGUGUCAUCAAAAUUGCACCCAAGUUACUGUGGGUCUACAAAGAGGUAAAUCAAGUCCCAAAAAGUCAAAGUUUGUAUGUGAAGGGUGUUUAGUACACCCAUUAUCUUCAUGGCUUUGGUUUCUGUUGUCUACGAUACCUGCAGUUCCUUAUCAGAUGUCGAGGGCAUUGUUGGCAUCACAAUUGUCCACAGAAUUGGCCGCUGAGUUAAAGAAUCCCCAACCAUUCUGUCACAAGACGAAUCCAUCCAAUAUGACGGCUGAUUAUCUUUCUCCUGUAACCAUUUUCGUGCCUGACCGUCUACGUGAUGCUAACUUCUCAAACGGUGAACCGAUUGACGCAACUAUGUUUGAUUUUAAAGUUGAUGAACUAACUUCAAAAGAAGAUCAGGAGAUGGAUGAUAUGGCUGCAAGGGAAUUCAAAGGCGCUCCAACAGUUUGUCCUCAACCCAGUGACCUGAUCGAGCCAACUACGUUGUUAGGUGCUCGUGAUGCAGUGAAUCUUGAGCGUUUAGAAUUUUAUGGCGAUUCAUUUCUGCAUUUGAUAUCUACACUGAGUGUUUACGGCACCAGUCCACAGGAUGCGGAUGAAGGACACUUAAGCUGGAAUAGAAAUUCACUUGUAUCAAAUGCUCACUUGUGUGAUAUUGCUCGAGAUUUGGCAUGGUAUGAAUAUUGUACUGGUCAAACAUUCUUUCCAUCAAAACAUUUUGUACCUCCGUGCUACACUGUUUCGUCUGAGGUUUCUAAAUACGAUGCUCGUUUAUGUACCCGCCUAUAUGACAAGUCUUUAUCGGAUAUGGUUGAAGCCUUGUUAGGAUGUUUUCUAGUACACAUUGGACUACCAUCGGCUGUAAAUCUCUUACAUUAUCUUCAAAUAUGUCCGGUGAAUUGGAAUACAAUAAAAUGUGACAAAGAAUAUAAGAUUGAUGCUCCAUGGCAUUACCUUCUUCACUCAGAAAAUGAUAUUGCUAGCAGUUCAAAUUCCAGACGUCACCUUCUCCGUGCAUCAUCACAGAAUUCACUGGCCACUUACAAAUAUCGAGAUCUCAAUGAGAAAUAUUUUCGUUUACAAUUGAAAUUGGAUUAUCGCUUUAGAAAUAUUGAAUUACUUGCUACAGCUAUGACACACCAGUCAUCAACUAACACAGAGCACUGGGGAAAUUAUCAGAGAAAUUCAAACAAUACAGCAUCGGAUUCAAAUAAUGAAAAUACGUAUGGGUUGAUUGCAUCGACUUCUGGUAAACGUAUCUGUGUCACUAGGAAUACACGAAAUGAAGGUCGUCUUCAAUUAGCUGAAACUUUGGCUAUAUCAGAUGAGAAUAAAGAGAAUGUCGCGAUUUCCGAUGAUCAAGUAUGCAUGUCGUUAUCGUAG